UGAUAAAUCACUGCUCGGCUUCCACAUGGCGCAGAGGAUGGACGGCAUCAUUGCCCCUAUCAGCAAAGCUGGAACUGCCAAGUUAGUUAAGAAAAAUUUCCUGGAUGCUCUAAAGUCAAAUGACUUCGAAAAACUGAAGGAUAUUUUAACCCAGAGGCAAAUAGAUGUGGACACAGUGUUUGAAGUUGAAGAUGAGAACAUGGUUUUGGCAUCUUACAAACAAGGCUAUUGGCUGCCCAGUUAUAAGCUGAAGUCUUCCUGGGCAACUGGCCUACACCUCUCAGUCUUGCUUGGUCACGUGGAGUGCCUGAUGGUACUGCUGGACCACAAUGCCACCAUCAACUGCCGGCCCAACGGGAAGACCCCUCUGCACGUGGCUUGUGAGAUGGCCAACCUCGAGUGUGUGAAGGUACUCUGUGACCGUGGAGCAAAGCUCAACUGCUACUCCCUGAGUGGACACACUGCUUUGCACUUCUGCACGACACCAAACUCCAUCCUCUGCGCCAAGCAACUGGUGUCUCGAGGUGCAAACGUGAACAUGAAAACCAACAACCAGGAUGAGGAGACACCCCUGCACACGGCUGCCCACUUUGGCCUCUCCGAGCUGGUGGCCUUCUACGUGGAGAACGGGGCCAUCGUUGACAGCAUGAAUGCCCACAUGGAGACCCCGCUGGCUGUGGCCACCUACUGGGCCCUGCGCUUCAAGGAGCAGGAGUACAGCAGGGAACACCACCUCAUCUGCCGCACGCUGCUGGACAACAACGCUGAGGUCAAUGCCCGCGAUGACGACUUCAAGUCCCCUUUGCACAAGGCUGCCUGGAAUUGCGACCACGUGCUCAUGCACAUGAUGCUGGAUGCGGGCGCCGAGGCCAACCUCAUGGAUAUCAACGGCUGUGCAGCCAUCCAGUACGUGCUGAAGGUCACCUCUGUGCGCCCUGCUGCACAGCCUGAGGUCUGCUACCAGCUGCUGCUGAACUAUGGGGCUGCACGGAUCUACCCCCCACAGUUCCACAAGGUGAUCCAGGCUUGCCACUCUUGCCCCAAAGCGAUUGAAGUUGUGGUCAAUGCAUAUGAGCACAUCAGGUGGAACAUGAAGUGGAGAAGAGCCAUUCCUGAUGAUGACCUGGAGAGACACUGGGAUUUUUACCACUCCCUCUUCAAGGUGUGCUGCAACACUCCCAGGACCCUCAUGCAUUUGUCGAGAUGUGCCAUUCGAAAGGCGUUGCAUGACAGAUGCCACAGAGCCAUUCCUCAGCUGUCCCUCCCAUUGCCAUUGAAGAAGUACUUGCUUUUGGAGCCAGAGGGGAUCAUUUAUUAGGUCUUAGGAGACAACAGUUCCCAAUCCUAGAUGUUUAAGUGGACUCGCUGGAUAGACACAGUUUGCAUGCAUAAAAUGGUACUUGGGUCGAUUAUAACACUUUAGGGAUUUCAAGACACUUUACAAAGGCCACAUCAUUAAUCCUAGAGUAGCAUGCUGAGGGAAAAUAAACAAGUAAAGUUAAGGAAUUUUCAAAGACAUGAAUGCAUUUAGAAGUCAGGCACUGACAAACAGUAAUAGCUCAGAAAGGGACAGUUUUUAUUAGGUACCCGACAUAUUUUGUAACACUUCCACUUAUGAUCUCGUCUGCAAAGGGACCCACAUUUUCUUACAACCCAAGCUCAUUCUCUACAUUGUCAGUAACAGGUUUACAUGACCGCUUAGUUUGUAAUGUAGUAGGUUUUGUGAGCGGCCUCUUAAGCUUGCUGUCUCCUGCCAAUGACCAUUGAGCAGACAACACUGUUAUUAGUUUUAGAAAUGCCUCUUUCCCAAACCAAGGUAAUCCAUUAGUUUUGGUGAUAAAUGCACAAGAAUGCAAUGGAAACAAGAUCUUUGAGUCAAGAUAGAAAUGGGAAGGAGAGAGCAGUUCACUUAAUAGUCCAGGAAUAGACAUUUCAGCACACUCACUGAGCCGGACCCUGGGGACCACAGAUAAGUCAAUCAGGACCCCUGUUCUCCAGGGUCAUAUCUUUAACAGAGGAUCCAGACAUACAAGCAGGUGACUGCAGUAUGAAGACAUGGGGCAAGAGUACAGGUGCAGACUCAUAUUUAGUGCUUACCUUUCUGAAGUGUGCUUUUGACUUGAAGUGUGUAAUUUUUUUCCUUUUGAACCAUGAAGACAAAGCAUGGAGUUAUGUAGAGGGACCUGCUACUAUUCUAGUCAAUGUCUUUGAGUUUCUCCAAAUAGUCUAGACACAUUUUGUUUUGUAUGGUUUCCUAUUUAGUACCUUCACAGACUCUGAGAAAAAUAGUCUACACUCUUGCUCCCACAGAGAUGAGAAAGAAGUUUAGGGAAGUGGUCAAAGCAGUUGUGAAGGAGAGAACCUAGUUGACUUUCUUGUCUUUUCAUGGAAUAGAUUGAUAUUUUAGCUGAUAGAUAAGAAACCUGCAUUUUAACAGUGACUCCCUUCAGACUAUAUGUAGAAAGACUUUGAAAUAGUGAACACUUAAGACACAUAGAAAUAAGUAUAUUGUAAGACUUAGGUAGUGUUUUCUAGUAGAAUCACGCUGGUAGCCUCCUGGGGAACGUUGCUUCGCUGAUUUGGUUCUCUUGGAUUGCAUUGGAUUAGUUUAUUGCCCUGAUUUUGUAGUUGUUCAAGUAGUAGUGAUAUACAGACUGUGCACCUGCUGUAGUGGGCAGACUUUUUAUUUGUGUGUGGCUUUGCUUCUUGUUCGCUGUUGGAUCUGUUGUGUUGACUAGAGAUGAUGCUAAAUACUCCAGUAGUUCUCCACUUAACUGUGUUUGUAAAUUGAGACCUGCUUACUCCCAGUGUUGUGUAGAAAAACCCAUAGGUGGACAUGAUCGUGUUUUUGAAGUUGCAAUUUAGCUCAGCUAAUUUCAGAAAAAAAAUAUUCUGUAUUAAAACAAGAUCUCAAUCACAGGACAGAGUCUGGAAUUUGUAGAUUACACAUUAAAAAGUAGUUUGCUGGACUGAGUACUAUUUAGAACAUAUUUCAGAAUAUUCAAAGGGUUGGAUGUUUCUCUCCAACAGCAGGAACAUUCUCGCAGAAAAGUCUGUGAUAGACUGAUCUAUAACAGGUCUAGAGGGGCUGAGGACAUGUAGAAUGGGUGAUCCUCAUCUAGGGAGAUAGAAGUCUUUGUCACUGUGUUGCUGUGUUGGAAUGUUUGCCUUAGUUGAGUAUAGAAUACAUAGCUACUUCUUUUGAAUUGCUUGUAUGUGGAUUUAAUGUGACUUUCUCUGUACUUUGACCUUUAAUUUAGAGAUCUUAAA